AUGGAGAUGACCAUUCAGUGUCCACGGUCACUCAAAAUAUUUGUCUUCGCCGCAGCAUAUGGGUAUAAGUGGCCCGGAGAAGCACUAUGCUAUACCGAAACGCAUCACCUCGGUUACGAUAACGAUUGCGUGUCGCUGUGUUCAACGUACGUUGUCGCUAGUCGCUGCCACGGCCGAAAAACUUGCACGGUUUUUGUCGAUUCGAAUACUUUUGGCCAGCCCUGUAGAACCGGUACUCAACCGUAUUUAACCGUCCACUAUUCGUGUGCUCUGUCUAAGGAAGACUUCCCGUAUACAAACUGCCAGAAUUUAGUAACCAGUGCCAACCGGACCAAACCGGAAAUAGAUUACUUCGAUCCAUUUUUCGAUACCGACGCACCGACACCGACAGCACAAGCCGUUAACAAAACCACCCCUUACGGACCUCUGCUGGUCGGGUUCGAUCCCAGAGUCUUCCACCACUGGAUGUCUGCUAAGGAUUUCAUGAAAAACAAUCUAGAGAGGUUAGCACUCUACGGCGUGAUUGGUGCUCUCGUGGGAUUCUGCCUUCUCCUCCUUGUCAUCAUCUUCAAACUCUACAUCGUCAUUUCCGGUUUCAGACGCAUCUCAUCCGCAGCGUCCAUGCACUACGCCACCGUGCCGCCGGCCGGAGUGGGGCUGUUAGAUAGACCAUAUCCGGACCGCCAGAUUAGGGAUUAUCCGGCCAAGAUUAGGAACGAUGAAGUUGAUUAUAGAAAACUUUUUGGAAAGGGUUAUUACUUUGGCAGUAGUUCGGAGAUACUUGCUAAGCUUAAAAUGGGUGAACGUAGGUCGGCUGUCAGUGCUACAACAGCAACUACUACAGUUACUACUCCAGCUAUUGUAACUGCCGUUACUACAACUGCUGCAACGACUGCUGCUGCCGUUGGCGCAGCUGCUUCUACUACUACCUUAAUUUUUUCAGCUGCUGAGUUGGCCACAAAAACCAUCAUUGCAAUAGCUACACCGGGCGGAUUUAAGGUGUCAGCAACGGCAGUGUCACCGGUAACAACAACGUCGUCGCCGUUAUCGUCAGCAGCGACGACAGCAACCACAUCUCCGAAACAAACGCAACCGGAAAAGUAUCGUUUCGGUAUCGGUCGGAAACGUUUCGCGACGCAGACAGACCGCGCGGAAGACAGCGUCUACGACAACGUUGAAUCGCUGCUGACGCCGGAGAUUCCGCGCAGACUCGUCAUACCUCCUAUCUUGUCGGAUGAAGGACUCAACGCUCCCAGCUUCCUGGCUCAGGAUGACGACAGUCCCGUCUUCGUACACGUGGAAUCCCCCAGGGAAAGCCCGCUACUUCGGAACGGGGAUAGCAACGGAGAGGAUCCGGGCGAUAAAACAGUUGUGACGUCACCGGCCUCGUUUGUUGGCAGUGGUGAGGCUGUGGUCGGUAGUGGUUUUGUUGUUGCUGCUGAUGUUGAAGAUGAGGGUAGGCGGUGGUUGCAGCAGCAGCAACAUCGGCAACGAUUGAAACAGCAACAACAACAACAGCAACAGCAGCAGCAACAACAACAACAACAACAACAUCCAGAAGAUGUAGAAACAAUUGUAUCUCCUCGUUUUAGCCUGCCGAGAAAAAAAAAAAUUAAAGACUCAGCCGAGGUAGACAUCGGUAGAAUUAUACUCGAUACCACAAUACCGUCGAUAAGCAUACCACACUCAACUACUCACGAUCCAGAGCAUCCAUGUCCACCAGCCUCUUAUGAAAUAGGCCAACAACCAACACAACAAGAUAAUAAAACACAACAACAAAUUCAAGCAGCUCUUCAGCAGCAGCAACAAUUACAACAACAACAACAUUUACAACAACAACAACAUUUACAACAACAACAACAUUUACAACAACAAUUACAACAACAACAACAAUUACAACAACAACAACAAGUACAGCAACAACAACUGCAGCAGCAACAACAACAACAUGGGUCAGUUCGUCAAACGUUUGCAUACUCAACUCAGAUACAAUAUUCGCAACAGUUGUCGCCGAGACAGCAGCAGCAACAGCCACAGCUACAAAAAACAUACAUCGCCCCACUGCAUCCACGAUCAAUCACAUCAACAACAUUAACAACGACCACAUCAGCAACACUACCAUCAAUCCACAUAAUCCUACCGUCACCAACUGCCUCAACGCCGACCUAUAGAUCUUUCCCAACUUCACCACAGCCACAACGACCACUCUCGUCGCAACCACCAACAACCACAGCAACCGCAACGACCACAAACGUGCCUAAAAUUCGAAAACUUUACGAGUUUGAUACGUCAUCGUCACCUCCGUUUACGUCAUCAACGAAACUGUUGCCAACUUUUACAACGUUGUUACGGCCAGGUAGUUUUAGCAACGUUCACAGGCGUGAGCCACAUCUCAAUGUCAGGAAAUCCAAACUACAGCCACAACAGCGUCCACAGUCGCAUUACUUUAAAUGA